CUUUGUUCGAUCAUUUCAUUUCACUCAGUUAUUUAAAUGAGCAAUACCAGUUUAUUCCAGUAACGGAAAGACGCCAGUCAGCAUCACCACACACAUAAACAUGACGUGGUACAAGACAGUUGAGAUUGUUGUGCAUGUGCUGUGCUGUAGUGUCCUCCUCUGUGUAGGCGCUGUGCCCAUAUCGUGCAGCAUCCAUUCAACGGCCACCCGUGAUAACGUUAACACAACAAAAGGUCUCAGAUGGACGUCCGCUUUGUCAGCUCGCGUCGACUGCCUACUUCGUUGUUACAACGACAUCCUCUGCAAGAGCUUCAUCUAUAACCCACUGACUGGUAUUUGCUCUGGCUAUUAUGGCUAUCCUCUUAGAACCAGCACUGCAUAUCUCCACAGCUCUUCUGGCUCGAAGUGGUUCACUAUGUGUACAGAACUCAACAUUGUCACCCGACGGUGCGGGUCGGUUAAUUGUCCUGUCACCGCCUCCUUCAGGACAGGGCUCUGUGGGUGUGGUUUCGGGCGCAGGUUUGACCCCUCCACGAAUUCGUGCGUGAAAUCGUGCAGUUCAUACGGGAACGACUACACGCAGCUGACGGGCGUUGGUAUAAUGGGCUACAAUGAUAAAAAACUUUCUAUAUCUGACCCCGACUCCUGUGCAAAGGCUUGUUCAGCUGAAACAUCCUUUGUCUGCGCCACGGCAGAAUCUGUCUACGGAGAAUGUCGUCUUUCCCCUGUGAUUUUUCAAGUGGUUAACAUAUCUCUAUUGUACGUGGACGAAACAGCAAAUCUCUUUCAACGUCACUGUGUGUAACAGUCAUAGGUUUUGUGGUCGGGUGUUUUCAUCUCAGAUCGAGUAAGAUUAAUUUGUAAAACUAAUGGUGGCAGCAGUGUGAAAUAUUUUCAAAUGGCAUUAUCUAUUAUAAUGUUUGUCUCUUCGAUAAAACAUCCAACCAUGGGGUGUAAACCCUAUCGCAGCCUACCCGCUGUAACAUACAGUGCCGACAUUUUGUGUUUUUAAUGUGUGUUAAGUAACCGUCAGUCUACUUGCACUAUUGAACCGUUCGUUACAUGUGUCUAAUGUGGAAUAUGUUGAAUAACCAGCUAUGUCAUGAAGCAUUACCCCAAUCACAAUUACGACGUGUUAUUUUAUUGUCCCUCAGCUGCUUAUGCAUGGACACCAAACACUGUUGGAUUAAUCACAGGGCUCCGUAUGGUUCCUUUUUUGAUCGGUAACCUGUUGACGUUAAUAAGAACAGAGGUAAUUUGAGCGAGUGAGUGAGUGAGUAUGGCUUUACGCCGCUUUUAGCAAUAUUCCAGCAAUAUCACGGCGG